UUUUAGUCGAAUUUGAAGCAAUGCCCGAACAGGUUCAGUAUCGAUGUGUACAAGAAUGUUAAUGGGAGUGGGAACGAGACGAAAAUAUACACACAUUUUCGAGAAACUGUGAUCAUGUAUUUACUUUUACCGAAAGUAUUUUUUGCUUAUUAAAAUUAAUUGCCGUAAACGAAUUCCCAAAAAAAAAGGUCAAUGCAAUCAACAAACUCGUGCAAAUUGAACUAAUAAGUAAUGAAUGUGGAUGUGAACAUUUUUACAGAGAUUCUAAGCGUACAUAUGUAGAUACUUGCCAACGUCCAUAAGUAUGUACAUAUGUAUACAUGCGUAUAUGUAAUUUUGAAGAAGAGUACAUACUGGAAGAUCGAAAAAGUGGAACGAUAAUCAUUUUUAUAAUUAAUAUUAGUAAAGGAACCCUGAUGGCCAUGCGAAGAAAACAUGAUAAUAGACAUUAAUCCAAACUUAACGCCAAAUAAGGAAACAGCUGUGUGGUUCGACUCUUUUCAACAUAAAUGUAAUGUUAGUAACCGUACAAUUAUAAAAAUUCCAUCGCAUUGGAACAGAUCCAACUGGAUCGUUAGUAUUUUGUGGCAUAUUUAUGUUUACCGUACCAUAACUAUAAGAAACUCUAAAGAACGAGAACCUCCUUGCAAACAUUCGCCUAUUACUGAUAAUGCUGAGGCUAAGCUCACCCAAGUUUGUAAUAAAUCACUAAAGCUUUACAAAAUAUGGUUUAUAUUGAUUGUAUUGUUGCCAACUCAGCAUCAAGUCAGUGGCCAUGGUAUAUUCCGCCAAACGUCAAAUUCAAAAGCAGUAUUUUCAUACUAUCAGCAUAAAGAAAAUAUUACGUUUACCAAUUCGCAGCUUAAAAAUUUAGAAAAUGAAGCUAAGAUACUAAAAACAAAUCAACAUCCAAGAAUCCGAGCCAAAUCAACUCCGAAAAUGGGUCUUCAAAAUGUAUCUGAAAGCAUUAGCAAAGAAAGCAGAGACUCAAUCUACAAUGCCAGUUCAAAUAAAUAUAGUCUGAUUAAUGUAAGCCAGUCAAAAAACUUGCCUCAAUUAUUCAAUAAAAAAUUGUCAGUUCAGUGGAUAAACACCGUACCAAUUCGAAGAAGGCAAACGAGAGAAACUAGGGAUAUCGGCCUAGAAACUAAGAGACAUAGUAAGCCACCAAAAAGAGUAGAUGAAGCCAGACUAAAGCACCUCGUUUUAAAGGGCCUUGGAAUUAAAAAACUACCAGAUAUGAGAAAGGUCAAUAUAAGCCAAGCUGAAUAUUCAAGCAAAUAUAUAGAAUACUUAAGUCGCCUAAGAAGUAACCAGGAGAAGGGCAAUACCUAUUUUAACAACUUCAUGGGAGCUUCCUUUAUAAGAGACCUUCAUUUUCUAAGCAUUACCACAAUCGAAUUCAAUGACAUAAGCAGCAAACGAUCGCGCCAUAGAAGGUCGCUUAAAAAAAUUAACAGGUUAAAGCAAACCAAAAAGCAUCAAAGUUAUGGAGAUUUACUACGUGGCAAACAGGAAACAACAAAUAUUCUUUUACACUUUCCACUGACAAAUGCACAAGACGCAAAUUUUCACCAUGAUAAAAUCGACGAGGCCAAUGUUAGGCUUAUGCUUCUCUAUAGCUCAUCGUUGGCAACAAAUUUCCGACGAGGGCCAGGAUCUAGAAAAAAUAAGCUCGGUCACAUUUCUGGGAAAGAUAACAUCGAAAGGCACUGUAAUUUUGGUGAUGUCAAUUUGAACCAAUCUAAAAAAAAUAUUAGCCAGCAACUAACUUUAAAAGUAUAUCAACUUCUUUCAGCGAAUAGACGAAGAAAGAUAACGUCUCGUAAAAUUGAAUUUGGAAAUGUUGGCUUCGAAGAAACUCGAACACAGUGGAUAGAAUUGGACGUGACCAAAGCUGUUCGUAGUUGGUUGAACAAAAGCCAUGAAAACUUGGGGAUAGAAAUUCAAUGUGAUAAAUGUAAAAGUAUAGGGGCUCGUAUAUUGAGUGAUUUCAGCCCGUCAACACCACCACGCUCGCCCGUCUCAAGCGACGAACACUUAAACCUCAUGCCAGUUCUUAAUAUAAUUGGACACGGAACACUAGAUUCCCAAGAGCAUGGCGUCUCGAAUGUUCACCACAUCAUGCUGACCAAUAAUAGAAGCGAUCAAUACGUGCAUCACCGUUCAAACCAUGAUAGCGCCUGGAGAAAAGAUAAGUGGAGCAACAACUGUUACAAAUUGCACCAACGAUGUUGUAGAAAUCAAUUGGAUGUUGCCUUUAAAAACAUUAAGGGAUUCGAAUUCAUUUUACAGCCGAAGGUAUUCGAUGCAGGGUACUGCCACGGAAGAUGUCCUCCACGUCACAAUCCCGCCCACCACCACGCCCUACUGCAAAGUCUAAUAUGGCAAGAAGAUCACAAAUUAGCCCCCCGUCCAUGCUGUGCGCCUUCAAAGCUUGAAAUGCUAGAAAUAUUGCAUGUUGACGAAGACCACAGCGACAAGCUAAAAAUCUCGACGUGGAGUGAUAUGCAGGUUGUAGAAUGUGCCUGUUCGUAAAAAAAACUUUCUCUAACGAAUUAUUCUGACAUACAUAUUUUAUUAUUCUUUUUAAGUAUUUGAUUAAAAUUUUGUUAAUCCUAAAACAUGUAAUAAUGCUGAAUAAAUACAAAUAUUUUUUGUUCGUGCACUUAUAGCGGCAUUUA